CAUCUGCCUUCUGUGGACGGGAGGCCGGGUCCUGGGACUUUCAUUCUGACGUCAGGAAGCUGGUGGCCUGUCGGAGCAGGACGCCCAGGACUGUCACUGGCCAGAUGACCCAGGGGCACCGCGAUUCUGCACCUGCUGAGGCCUGCAUGGACACCCCCAGGGGCAAGGUCGGACCUCACAUUGUCAGCGAGGGCAGCCUCCCAGCUGUGCUUCGAACCUAAGACAGGGCUCAGCUUCUUUCAAGACCUCUGCCUGCAGAUGUCUCCCAUCAGGGCUGCCUCCUUAAGUAACGAGCACAGUUGGAGCUCUGAGAGGUCAUGAGCCAGCUCCGUGGAACCUGGGGAAUGUGGACAGAUGAGAAAGCUGAGCCUCGCUCCCGGCGCUGAGUUACACUCAGGGCGGCUUCUGCGUUCUUGAAAGCCCGGCUCCUGUCGCCAUCAGGCAGACACAGGUCCGGAGUUCCUGUGAUGCACCCGGAACCUCCUUUCCACUCCGUCGACAGCGGGGAAAGCUUUGCAUUUGGCAGAAGAGGAAGCAGAGACUUUGAAAAAGCCCGCCAUCUGUCCGAGCUCAGCGUUUUCCCAAGGUCACAGGGUCUUCCCGUUACAACCUGGCCAUCCGCCAUCCCAACAGGUCCGGGGUCUGCCCACGCCUCUGCCCGUCCCUGGAAGAAGCACAUUGCCAAGUUGACCCCAUCGUGCAGCAUGGUUGCCUGAGAAGAGCUUCAGCGAGUGCUGGGAUACCCAGAGGAACAGGGAUGAAACCUUAGCUGUGCCCCUGGGAGGAGAGUUCAAGAUGGCAGCUCAGCGUAUCCGAGCGGCCAACUCCAGCGGCCUCCCCCGGUGCAAGUCCGAGGGGACCCUGAUCGACCUGAGCGAAGGGUUUUCAGAAGCGAGCUUUAAUGACGUCAAAGUGCCUUCCCCCAGUGCCUUGCUAGUAGACAAUCCCACACCUUUUGGAAAUGCAAAGGAAGUGAUCGCAAUCAAGGACUACUGCCCAACCAACUUCACCACCCUGAAGUUCUCCAAGGGCGACCACCUGUACGUCCUGGACACGUCCGGCGGGGAGUGGUGGUACGCGCACAACACCACAGAGAUGGGCUACAUCCCCUCCUCCUACGUGCAGCCCUUAAACUACCGGAACUCCACACUGAGCGACAGUGGAGUGAUCGACAAUCUUCCAGAUAGCCCAGACGAGGUGGCCAAGGAGUUAGACCUGCUCGGGGGGUGGACUGAUGACAAGGGAUCCAGCAAAACCUACAGUAAUAACCCUUUCUGGAACGGGGCCCAGACAAACCCAUUCCUGAAUGGGAAUGUGCCGGUGACACCCGGCGUGGGCGAACCGGCUCCCAGAAGUACCGUGGAUCUGCUCCUUUUUGAUACAGGCGCGUCUUCGUUCACAGAGUCCAGCUCCGCCACCACGAAUAGCACCGGCAACAUCUUCGACGAGCUGCCGGCCACCAGCCGCCUCCAGGCGGAGGCUCCGGGCAAGCGGGGCAGCCCGUUCUUCAGGAGCAAGCGUUCCUACAGUCUGUCGGAACUGUCGGUCCUGCAGGCCAAGUCAGACGCUCCUGACUCAUUGGGCUUCUUCACGGGCUUGAAGUCGCCGGCCCCGGAGCAGUUCCAGAGCCGGGAGGACUUCCGCGCCGCCUGGCUGAGCCACCGGAAGCUGGCCCGCUCUUGCCACGAUCUGGACUUGCUGGGCCAGAGUCCCGGUUGGGGCCAGACCCAGGCGGUGGAGACGAGCAUCGUGUGCAAGCUGGACAGCUCCGGGGGCGCGGUGCAGCUGCCCGACACCAACAUCAGCAUCCACGUGCCUGAAGGCCACGUGGCCCCUGGCGAGACGCAGCAGAUCUCCAUGAAGGCGCUGCUGGACCCCCCACUGGAGCUCAACAGUGACCGGUGCAGCAGUGUCAGCCCGGUGCUGGAGGUGAAGCUGAGCACGCUGGAGGUGAAGACCUACGUCAUCUUGGAGAUGAAAGUUUCAGCUGAGGUGAAAAAUGACAUUUUUAGCAAAAGCACAGUGGGCCUCCAGUGCCUGCGGAGUGACUUGAAGGAAGGGCCCUAUGUCCCCAUCCCCCUCACCUACAGCUAUGGGGACACGGUCCAGGUACAGCUGGACAACCUGGAGCCCUGUAUGUACCUGGCCAUCGUGGCCCACGGCCCAAACAUUCUCUACCCUUCCACGGUGUGGGACUUCAUCAAUAAAAAGAUCACCGUGGGGCUCUAUGGCCCCAAACACAUUCACCCGUCCUUCAAGACCGUGGUGACCAUUUUUGGGCACGACUGUGCCCCAAAGACACUACUGGUCAGCGAGGUCACCCGCCAGGCCCCCAGCCCCGCCCCAGUGGCCCUGCAGCUCUGGGGUAAGCACCAGUUCGUCCUGUCCAGGCCCCAGGACCUCCACGUCUGCAUGUUUUCCAACAUGACCAAUUACGAGGUCAGAGGCAGUGAGCAGGCCAAAGUGGUGAGGGGAUUCCAGAUGAAGCUGGGAAAGGUGAGCCGCCUCAUCUUCCCCAUCACCUGCCAGAACCCCAGCGAGCUGUCCGACUUCACGCUGCGGGUUCAGGUGAAAGGCGACCAGGAGGCCAUCCUGACCCAGUUCUGUGUCCAGACUCCCCAGCCGCCCCCUAAAAGUGCCAUCAAGCCUUCCGGGCAAAGACGGUUCCUCAAGAAGAACGAGGUCGGGAAAAUAAUUUUGUCCCCGUUUGCUGCCACCUCCAAAUACCCGACUUUCCAGGACCGCCCGGUGUCCAGCCUCAAGUUCGGCAAAUUGCUCAAGACCGUGGUGCGGCAGAGCAAGAACCAUUACCUGCUGGAGUACAAGAAGGGCGAUGCCGUCGCUCUGCUCAGCGAGGAGAAGAUCCGGCUGAAGGGGCAGCUGUGGACCAAGGAGUGGUACAUCGGCUACCACCAGGGCAAGGUCGGCCUCGUGCACGCCAAGAACGUGCUGGUGGUGGGCAAGGCCAGGCCGAGCCUGCUCUCGGGGCCCGAGCUGAGCACGUCGGUGCUGCUCGAGCAGAUUCUGCGGCCGUGUAAGUUCCUCACCUACAUCUACGCCUCCGUCAGGACCCUGCUCAUGGAGAACAUCAGCAGCUGGCGUUCCUUCGCCGACGCCCUGGGCUACGGGAAUCUGCCGCUCACCUUUUUCUGCCGGGCGGAGCUGGACAGCGAGCCCGAGCGGGUGGCCUCUGUUCUGGAAAAGCUGAAGGAGGAUUGUAAUAACACGGAGAACAAAGACCGAAAAUCCUUCCAGAAGGAGCUCAUGAUGGCCUUACUGAAAAUGGACUGCCAGGGCCUGGUGGUCAGACUCGUCCAGGACUUCGUGCUCCUGACCACGGCGGUCGAGGUGGCGCAGCGCUGGAGGGAGCUGGCCGAGAAGCUCGCCAAGGUGUCCAAGCAGCAGAUGGACGCGUACGAGUCUCCGCACCGGGACAGGAACGGGGUCGUGGACAGCGAGGCCAUGUGGAAACCUGCCUACGACUUUUUAUUAACCUGGAGCCACCAGGUCGGGGACAGCUACCGGGACGUCAUCCAGGAGCUGCACAUAGGCCUGGACAAGAUGAAAAACCCCAUCACCAAGCGCUGGAAACACCUUACGGGGACUCUGAUCCUGGUGAACUCCCUGGACAUUCUGAGAGCAGCUGCCUUCAGUCCUGUGGACCACGACGACUUUGUGAUUUGAGCGGGUUCCCUCACGCCUGCUGCUGCUCUGGGCCCCGCGCCCUCCAUCUGUCCUGGAUGCCCGCGUCAUCACGUGGAGCGGGGGAGGGAGGAAGGGCCGGCUGCUCAGACCCGCAGGGUCGCUCUUGGGCCGGACCCACACCCAAAGACCAAGCACACAGAACGCUCCAGCGCCCUCCUCCAUCGCGGUGGGGGGCGGGGGGACUGAAGGGAAUUUUACUGCAGGUCGUUGCCAAUCAAAUAGCUUUCUAUUUGUUAGGUAUAAAUUUAAAUUUAAAAUCACUUUUUUUAAAGUAUGGGGGGAAGCAUAUGAGAAAGGUGGUAUCUGAUUUUUUUAAUGGACCGUAAAGGUUAAAAAACAAAAAAAAAACACCUUAAUAGGGGAGGAUGCUGUUGAGGCUUUUAUGUUCUGUAAAGACCUUUUUAAAUUAUGUUACAGGUGUAUAUAUGUAUUUAAAGGUCACUGGGGGCAUUGGUGAUUCCCAGCCACACUUUGCAUUUCAACACUUAGCGUGCGGGAGACACUUGUUCAGGUAUUGGACCUCUUUGGCUCUCUACUUGUAAAAAGGGUAAAUCAAAUAGGAAUGGGGUUUUUUGGUAGAUGAGUCCAGCUCUUGCCCAUCGUUUCUGAGAGUGUCCUAGGUCCUGCUGUCCCCUCUCAACUUCCUUCUCUUCUGUACCUUUGCCUCGCGUUACCGUAAAUGAUCAGCGACAGCACAUGCGAACCUUCUUCAGGCUUUGGUGGGCAAAGUCAAAUCCUACAUGAGCAAGCAGGUGCCCUUGAGAUGGAAGGGCAGCCGGGAGCUGGCGUUCUUCACGGCCCCCACCAGUGUGCAGUUGGUCGUUCAAGAGAACAGUGCCGUUUUCCAUGCGGUGGUCCCCGCAGCCUUCAGCCACCGUUGUCCUGUUUCUCCCUGGGAGCAGGGGAGGGCUCCCUGUAGGGCUCAAGGCCUCUCCUCCAUGGGCAUGAGGGAGAGCUCACUGUGAGGGGUGCCCUGUGCUAAUGUGUGUGCAAAGGGGCCUGCUGCCACUGGCCAACUCCUCUUCAUUCCAUAUGAAAUCAGCCCCUCUCCCUUCCUGCUACACCCCUGUGGCCUAGGAAAUAAUAGCAUAGGGGACACCAUCUUUUUUGUGUACCGCAGAAAGAUUAUCUGAGCAGGAUGAACGUUUUCUAAACAUGAAAAUGUUUCCCACCUAAAGUCAGGGACUUGGCAGAAUGUUGUUGCCCUGAUGACCUUUACAGAUGUCGAUCGGCAUGGCUGUGUGGGCACUCGGUGUUGGGCUCCAUGAUCGCACUGUGGUGGUGGCAGCUCAGGAGGGAGGGAGGGGCAGGACGGAAGAAUUACCUGGCAAAUCAAGAGAGCUGAUUCCCGGCAAUGUGCCAGGACACGCGGCGUGCUUGUAUGAAGUGAUGUUGGGCCACUUGGGAUUCCUGGACCGCAUUCUCUAACUCUGCCGUCUUAAAACAUGUUAUGUCAGUUACUUAGUGUAAUCAGGGGGUGAUCCCUGUUGGGCUGGAACAUUCUUAUGUAUCUGUUAAUUCAGAUCCUGAAGACCAACUGGCUAGGGGAAAAAACACCACACAGAAAAACGCUGUGUUUUUUAUGCUGCAAGAACCAGGACACGCAAUUCCCCAAUCAUCACACCAAAUAACCUUAAAUUCCGCUUCUCAUUCCCACCUUCAUUCUUUGCAGAGAUCAUCUCUCGCCUUCUCCCCAAAGAAGAAGCAAAACCAGUUGCACCUUAAACCGUGGAUGUUUUUCCUCAGGGGCUUUAAAUAGUUUCCUAUGCAACGUGUCUUGUAGCACAAAUUAAAUUCUACAAAAGUUGCAGUAAAGUUUAUUUGGAUAUUUUAACCUA